CGCCGGAACUCAAGUUCGGGGAAACACAUGAAACCCGGAAGGAAACGGAAGUGACACACCGGAAGUGCCCGGAAGGCGCUGGGGACACACCGGAAGUAGCGAGGACACGCGGCCGCGGCGGGAUGGGGCGGCCCGGGAAGAGCCGUUUCCAGCGGCAGCAGCGCGCCCAGGCCCGGCUGCGCUCGGAGCAGGAAUUCUCCUCCGUCCCUCACUCGUUCGUGUUCCCCCGGGGCCGGCCCGGGAGGAGCCUCAGGAGCCUCUGCAAGGACCUCAGGAGGGUCCUGGAGCCCUUCACGGCCAGGAACCUGCAGGUGCGCCGGAGCAAUUCCCUGCGGGACCUGGUGGCCGUGGCCGGGCCCUUGGGGGUCACCCAGUUCCUGGUGCUCAGCAAAUCCCAAACCGGCGUCAACCUGAAAAUUUUCCGGCUGCCGGGGGGUCCCACCCUGACCUUCAAAGUGCUGCAGUACUCGCUGGUGCGGGACGUGGUCUCGGCCCUGCGGCGGCACCGCAUGCACGAGCAGCAGUUCCUGCACCCCCCGUUGCUGGUGCUGGGCAAUUUCGGGGCGCGGGCGCGGGCGGAGCUCAGGCUCAUGGCCGGGAUGUUCCAGGGGAUGUUCCCGGCCCUCAACGUCCACAGGGUGAACCUGAACUCCAUCCGUCGCUGUUUGCUGAUCUCCUACGACGCCGACUCCCAGCUCCUGGAAUUCCGGCACUACAGUGUCCAGGUGGUGCCCGUGGGGCUCAGCCGGGGGCUCCGGAAAAUUCUCCAGGAGAAAUUCCCGAACCUGGGCAGGAUGGACGACAUCAGCCAGCUCCUGACGGGGGACGUUGUCCUGUCCGAGAGCGAAGCGGAGCCGGACGGGUCCCAGAACGUUCUGGAACUGCCCCAGAACUGCGCCGGGCGUGGGAACGCGGUGACACAGCAGAGUGCCAUCAGAUUGACUGAGAUCGGGCCCCGUCUGACGCUGCAGCUGCUGAAGGUGGAGGAGGGGCUGGGCCAGGGCAACGUCCUCUACCAUGGCCUGGCCCCCAAAGGGGAGGAGGAGCUCCGGGAGCUCCUGGCCCGGCGCGAGCGGCGGCUCCAGGUGAGGGCGGAGCGGAGGCGGCAGCAGGAGCAGAACCUGGAGAGGAAACGGAAACAGCGGGAACGGCACAGGGAGCGCAGCCUGGCCGGGAUGGGCCGGGCCCCAGGUGGCCCCGCAGGUGGCAGCGGGGGUGGCCCCGCAGGUGACACCGGGGGUGGCCCAGGUGGCCCCGCAGGUGGCCCUGGAGGUGACAGCGACGCCGAGGACCCGGGCGCACCUGAGGCGGGCGAGGCUGAGGCGUCGGAGGAGGACGAGGCCGAAUAUUACAGGGAGGAGCUGGGGGAGGAGCCCGAGCCAGAUUUGUUCCCUGGCAGCUCCAAGAGGAAGCGAAGCCCCUCGGCCGCGCCCCGAGCCCGGAAACGACGGAAGAGGAGCCCAAAAUCCACCCCAGGAACCCCAAAAUCCACACCUGGAACCCCAAAAUCCACCCCAGGAACCCCAAAAUUCACACCUGGAACCCCAAAAUUCACACCUGGAUCCCAAAAAUCUCACCCUGGAACCCCAAAAUCCCAACCUGGAAAUCCCAAAUUUCAUCGUGGCACCCCAAAAUCCCAACAGAGAACCCCAAAAUCCCAACAGAGAACCCCAAAAUCCCAUCCUGGCACCCCAAAAUCCCACCCAGGACACCCCAAAAACCCCAAAUCCCACCCCAGGAAACCUGGAACCCCCAAAUCCCAACUGGAAACCCCAAAAUCCCAACCUGGAACCUCCAGAUCCCACCCGGGACACCCCAAAAACCCCAAAUCCCACCUGGGACACCCCAAAAAUCCCAAAUCCCACCCGGGACACCCCAAAAACCCCAAAUCCCCUCGUGGGAAGCUCCUGAGCCCCCAGAAAAUCCCAAAUUUCCCUCGGCCAGGACGAGCCCGAAAAAGGAAAAACUGAGAGGGGGAAAAAAUUUGGGGAAUUUGGGACCCCCCUGAUCCCAAUGGGGUCGGGAAUUUGGGGUCUCCGGGAUGGAUUUUGGGGUCCAACGGAAUUUUGGGAUUUCCAGAAAAAAUUUUGGGAUCCCCCAAAGUUCCCUCAGCUUUUCCCUGCUGGGAUUCCCCCAAAUCCAGGGGAAAUAACCCCAAAAAAAUGGGGGAAAACAACAAAAAAAGAGGAAAAAUGUGGGGAAAAAAAUCCCAGAAAAAUGGGAAAAAUAACCCAAAAAAGGCGAAAGAAGAGGGAGGAAUAAAGUUGGAUUCA